CCAGGAGGAGGAGGAAGCAGCGGUGGCGGCCGCAGGGGUGACUGUGGCGGGCGUCGGGGUGGGCGCUGCGGUCCCGGCCGGGGAGUGAGGCGGGGGCGGCCGGGCCGGUGGGCUGGGCAGCGGGCCCGGCGGCCGCCCCCGCGCCGUUGCCCGCGCCUGGCGGCCCGAUGUGGCUGCAGCAGCGGCUUAAGGGGCUGCCGGGACUGUUGUCGAGCAGCUGGGCCCGCCGCCUCCUCUUCCUACUCGGUCUCCUGCUGUUGCUCCUGUGGUUCGCGGGCUCCGGGGCGCGGCGAGCAGCGGGCGGUCUGCAUCUGCCGCCCUGGGCCCGCGGCGAGCCGGGCGCGGCCGAGCCGUCUGCGUGUCUGGAGGCGGCCACCCGCGCCUGGCGCGGCCUGCGGGAGCGCGGCGAGGCUGUGCCGCUGGGCCCUGGAGUGCCAGCCCUGGUGGCCAACGGCUUCCUGGCUCUGGACGCGGCCGCCAACCGGCUGUGGGUGACACCCGGGGAGCGGGAGCCCGCCGUGGCGCCGGACUUCGUGCCCUUUGUGCAGCUACGCCCGCUGAACGUGCUGGCAGAAGCUGGAGAGGCAGUGCUGCUGUUGCGGGAGGGGCUGCUACGCCGGGUGCGCUGCCUGCAGCUCGGGACCCCAGGCUCGGGCCCUGCGGUCGCGGGCUCGGGGCCCGCCUCGGCCUCUGGCCUGGCUGCGGGGUCUGCCCGUGAUUGCGUGCUACUGCAGGAGGACUUUCUGGCGCACCGGGGCCGACCCCACGUCUAUCUGCAGCGCAUCCAGCUCAACAACCCCACAGAGCGCGUGGCCGCGCUGCAGACUGUGGGGCCCACUGUCGGCCCUGGCCCCAAGGCCUUCACCAGUACCCUGGAGAAGGUGGGAGACCAUCAAUUCCUCCUCUACUCCGGCCGAUCCACGCCCCUUCCUACUGGGCUGGUGCACCUGGUGGUGGUGGCCGCCAAGAAGCUAGUGAACCGGCUCCAGGUAGCUCCCAAGACGCAGUUGGAUGAGACGGUGCUGUGGGUGGUGCAUGUCUCAGGCCCCAUCCACCCCCAGGUGCUCAAAAGCAAAGCAGCCAAGGAGCUUAAGGCGCUGCAGGACUUGGCCCGGAAGGAGAUGCUGGAACUCUUGGAGCUGCCCGCGUCUGAGCUGUUGCAGGACCACCAGCACCUCUGGGCGCAGCUGUUCAGCCCAGGUGAGGCCUGCAAGGGCUUGGUGUCCACGGUCCACCCUAGAGAUGCCCUCCCUACGUCUACUCGGGCUGUGAACCUGACGCUGUACUACAUGCUCUCCUGCUCACCAGCCCCAUUGCUCAGCCCUUCCCUGAGCCACAGGGAGCGAGACCAGAUGGAGUCCACACUCAACUAUGAAGACCACUGCUUCAGUGGCCACGCUACCAUGCAUGCCGAGAACCUGUGGCCUAGCCGGCUGUCUUCGGUCCAGCAGAUCCUGCAACUGUCUGACCUGUGGAAGCUGACCCUGCAGAAGCGCAGCUGCAAGGGGCUGGUGAAGGUGGGCGCCCCAGGCAUCCUGCAGGGCAUGGUGCUUAGCUUUGGGGGGCUUCAGUUCACAGAGAACCACCUGCAGUUCCAGGCUGACCCUGAUGUGCUGCACAACAGCUAUUAG